CCUUUUUGUUUCUGAUGAUUUUUCUGCGUUGCGCGGGUGUCAAGAUUCGAUCUUGAUUGGUCUCUUUGUUGAUCGGAGGACGUCGGAUUCAGUACUUGUGACUGUUGAGGAUCGAACAAUGGCACUACAGGAAUCCAAAAUAAUUGCAAUUUUGGUGGCUUUUCUUGGUUCUCUAUCUUUCAUAUUUGCCAUUAUUGCAGAAAACAAAAAGCCGACACACGGGAUUCCAAUCCAAGGAAAGAAUGUUGUUAUCUGCAAGUACCCAAGUGAUCCAUCGGUUGCAUUGGGAAUUUUAUCACUACUAGCACUCCUCCUAUCUGCUAUCGUAGGGCAUGUUGCUGUUUACUUCCCAUACAAAGGGAAGUCCGUUCCAAGUCAUGCUUUGUUUCGGAGUGCUGCAUUGCUUGUGUUUUUUAUCAUUGCUGAGGCUAUUUCGGCUCUAGCUCUGGCGAUGAUGAUGUGGGUUACCAUCACAGAAGGUCUUCAUCAUUCUCGCAACGUUCAUCAUGAUCUCGGAUAUCAAUGCCCUACCGCCAAGACGGGUCUCUUUGGUGGCGCUGCGUUUCUUGCCCUCGACGCAUCGCUCUUUUGGUUCAUCUGUCAGAUCUUGACGCUCAACGCAAGAGCUGAUUACUUGGAUGAGGAGGAUCCUAAAGUAGAGUAUGGACAGGUUUAUGUAACCGAUAUUUGAAUUCACUGCUGCAUCCAGCGGCAGCUUAGAUAUCAACAAAAAAGAAGUAGAAUUAGAUGAAUUAGAGAGGAGAGCAAUGACUUUUCAUUACCUGGCAUCUGACAUCUUAUGUAAAGACCACUGUUUUCUUUCAUCUCAUGACAGACAUUAGUAGUUUAGUUUGCUUCUGUAAAUAGAGCUGAUAUUUAUCU